AUGGAGAUGUUGGGGGAGGUGAGCAUUAACCCACUACCGCCAUUCAGCAACGAUAACUACUGCGCGGAAGAAGGGGAAGAAGGGGACGAAGGGGACGAGGAAGAGGACGACGGUGUGGUGGAGGUCACGGCCGAUGGAAAUCGGAAGAAGAGGCGGGCCAACAACUACACGGAGGUUGAAGACGCCACCUUGUGCCGAGCUUGGGCCUCCGUGGGGAUGGAUGCUGUCUCCGGCACGGAUCAAACAGGCAAGCGCUACUGGCAGCGCAUCGAGGACAAGUUCCACAAACUCAUGCCGCGCGUUCACCAUCCUGUCGAUCGCACCUACCGCUCCCUCCAAGGUCGUUGGGACGCGAUCAAACCGGCGUGUAGCCGGUGGGCAGCAGCAAUGGACCAAGUGGUGUCCAAUCCUCCUAGCGGCGCAACUGUCGACGAAUAUGAUCGCAUUGCCGAUGCUAGGUAUAGAGACAUGGCCGGCAGCAAGGGCAAGAGCUUCACCAUGCGUCAUUGUUUUGAUGUGCUCCAACACCUUCCCAAGUGGAAGUUGAGGGAUGAAGAGGUCGCUCUGAAGAAGGCUGCGAUGGUUGCGCUCGACGACACCGAGGACGAGAAGGAUGGCAGGAACGCCGACAAGCCAGAGGGGAACAAGAAAGCGAAGGAAAGGAUGAGGCUCGAGGGGGAGGCUGCAUUGUUGAGGGACAAGUUUGAUCAAAUGAUGAAGUCGAAGGAGGUGAUAGCGACAAAGACUUUGGAGACCAAGCGUGUCAUCAUCGAGACGAAGAAGGAGGUGAGCCUUGCAAAGCUUGAGGCCAGCCGAGAGGAAGCAAAGAACAAAGCCAAGUUGGAGGAGAUGAGGAUCGAUGUGAAGAAGGCCAAAGCAACGAAGCUACUAUUGGCCGAAGAGAGGGCAAUCUUGAUGAUGAACACGAAGGAAAUGAAUGAGCUUCAGCUGGAGUGGUGGAAGGAGACCUCGGCGGAGAUCACGGCGAGGCGAAGAGCUGCUCGUCAAGAGGCAACUGCUGCUGCCGAUGUGCAUCCAGGAGGUGGUGCCGAUGUGACUCCUGCAGGUACUGCCGAUGGUGCUGAUGGCGGUACUGCCUAUGUUUGA